GUAACAUCUUGUUUUUCUGGAAUGAAUAGACGCGAACAAUUAAAUAGUAAAUAGUGAACAAUUAAAUUAAUAAGAGCAGUCGCGUGAUUCUCCUUUCGCGUGGAAAUCGCGUCAUGGAAAUCGACGGGGAUGCGAUAAAAGGCUUUAAAAUACAAUAUCCAUUUUUUCCUUUCCUUUACGCCUGAAUGGACCGCACACGACGCGCAUGCGUCACUUCGUCAGGCGGAAUAAUCUGGACAACUACUGGGAGUACUGGGCUUGACUCGUCUCAUCACCGGGGUGGGACGAAUCGUCGCGGGUGCAUCUAUUGACGAGGACCGCGGCGACGAAGUGACCGUCUCCACGCCAGUCGAGCGCACCACGCACCGGUCGUUCCGAGGAUAACACCUGGCAAGAUGAAGAUGGCGGACGGACCCACGAUUCUACGGAGAAACAGGCCCGGGACGAAAGCAGAGGAUUUUAGUAGGUGGCCGGAUGAGCCGUUUGAAGAAAUGGAUAGCACGCUGGCCGUGCAACAGUACAUUCAACAAAUGAUUAGAAGAGAUCCAUCUAAUAUCGAUUUGAUACUCAAUAUGCCAGAGGCCAAUGAUGAGGGUGUAUGGAAAUACGAACAUCUCAGACAAUUCUGCAUGGAGCUCAACGGUUUGGCAGUUAGAUUGCAAGAAGAAUGUCAUCCUGAAACUUGUACACAGAUGACAGCCACUGAACAGUGGAUAUUUUUAUGCGCGGCGCAUAAAACUCCCAAGGAGUGCCCUGCAAUUGAUUACACGCGACACACAUUGGAUGGAGCGGCAUGUCUACUUAACAGCAACAAAUAUUUUCCCAGCAGAAUCAGCAUCAAAGAAUCUUCUGUAGCAAAACUCGGCUCUGUCUGUCGUAGAGUUUACAGAAUAUUUUCUCACGCAUACUUCCAUCAUAGAACAAUAUUUGAUGAAUUUGAAAAUGAAACUUUCCUUUGCCGCAGGUUUACGGCAUUUGUGACGAAAUAUAAUCUGAUGUCAAAGGAUAAUUUGAUAGUACCUAUUAUGGAAGGUGAAGGCGCAACGGAAAGCGAAGCAUAGGAUUUAACGUUGCGAUCGUAUUGUCCAAAGUCGAAUUGCCAGAUUUAGUAAGAACAGAAAAAUGCUAAUAUUCACGCAUUAAUCUGAUAUUUCGUGAUUAAUAUAACGAAGAUCUUUGAAAGAGAUCAGAAAGUUCAACUCUUAUUUAAAUAAUAUGAAUUUGUUAUAAU